UCCUGUUCUCUUUUGCUGUGCUGCAUUGACAUCAGAUCACAGAACACGGAAGCUCCAGUUCCUCCGAGCAUUCGCCUGUCCCAAAAAGGCUUAAGAUAGGUGCUGUGGACACUGUGAGCAGAGCAGGGGCCCUGGCGUGGAGUCCCAGGAUCUGGGUAUCAAUAUCAUACAGGAGAGAUGAGCAAAGGAAAAACCAAGGGCCAGGAGAAUGUGCCCAGUUCUCUCCUCAGUAGCCAGGAGAAUGAACGCCUGGUAGAUUUGGUGGGAAGAAGAUGUGUGACCAUGGCCACAGCAGUUGUUCAGUUGUACAUGGCUCUUCCUCACAGUCCGACCCAAUGGAGUUUCCAACACACAGGAAUUGUGUGUUUUAUUAAGGACAAUCCUAACCGCUCAUAUUACAUCCGGCUGUUUGACAUCAAGGAGGGUAAAAUGAUUUGGGAGCAGGAGCUCUACACUCAGAUGACAUAUUCCUGUCCAAUGAGGUUCUUCCACAGUUUUGCAGCUGAUGACUGCCAAGUAGGUUUGAACUUUGCCAGUGAGACGGAUGCUGAUUUUUUUAGAAAUGUUGUUGAGGAGAAGAUUAAUCAAAGAACCAACCGCCAAGAUAAAAGACAGCAAGCACCGACUGAAGAAAAACAGGUGCUGCAACAAAUUCCUCCAACAAAUGGUCCAGUUUCACAGCCAAAUGUAAUAGCGACAGUGGAGAUCCAGAACCCAGAUAUCGUGGCUUCAAGGUACCGCUCUCCCCCAGUGCCCACACCUGCACCAGCCUCAAUCUCCAUCGGCAAGAAGGACAAAAAGGGAAAGAAGAAAGGCCUGAGGCUUACUAAGGCAGAUAUCGGAGCUCCUAGUGGAUUCAAACAUGUCACUCAUGUCGGGUGGGAUCCAAAUUCUGGUUUUGAUACCAACAAUCUCGACCCUGACCUGAAGAAACUGUUCAGCUGUGCUGGUAUCAGUGAUGCCCAGUUGGCAGAUAAAGAAACAUCUAAGCUCAUCUAUGACUUCAUUGAGCAAUCUGGGGGCCUGGAUGCAGUAAAAGAGGAAAUGAGGAAGCAGGUCCCAGGAGGUCCUCGUUCUGCCCCCGCACCUCCUCCACCCCGAGGCGGGCAUCCUCCACCUGCACGCCCUUCUCCACCUUCACGCAGUCCUGCACCUCCACAUCGUGGCCCACCGCCACCUGCGCCACCUGGAGGCAGACAUGGGCCUCCGCCCCCUCCACCAUCCAAUCUCCCACCCCCACCACCCCCCAGCUACAGUCACAAGCCAUCUCCUCCUAUGGGUGGAGGCCCACCACCUCCGCCUCCUCCCCCACCUCCUCCUCCACCUCCUUGUUCUUCAGCCCCUAGCUUCCCCAGUAGCCCUAGCAGCUCAGCUCCACCUCCUUCCUCCAGUGGAGGAGGACGAGGAACCUUACUGGAGGAAAUUCGUCGUGGAUGUGCGCUAAAGACUGUGACUGAGUCUCUGGACUCUUGUCCUCCAGCUCAAGACCAGUCCUCAGAAGGCAUUGUGGGAGCUCUUAUGGAUGUGAUAAAGAAAAGGAGUAAAGUCAUCCAUUCCUCAGGAGACGAGGAAGAUGAUGGAGGUGAUGAAGAGGAUGACGAUGAAUGGGACGACUAAUGCUUCUUUCUGCCAUCAAUUUACACACGUAUGCCGUCGAAAUCAGCAAACAUGAGCUGACAAAGUUUUUCUGUUAAUGCUUCAUCUGAAAUAAUCAUUGUAACAUUAGGUAGGAGAUCUUGAGAUAACAUAAGAUUAAGACUGCACUGAUUGAUCUGCAAAUCUUCCUGAAAUCCAAUAAAGCAAAAUAGUUUUAGCAAAUACUGUAUGCUCAUCUAAUAUUGGUGUUCAGUGAUCCUACUCCAUCUCAAUGAAGAGAAUCCAAGCCUGUU